AUGUCUUCAAGCGUUCCAGAACAGAUCGAGGGAUUUACUAUCUCCUCCACCAAGAACUGGAGUGACUUCAAGAAAGCUAAGUUCCCUGCCAAGAAGUUCGAAGCACAUGAUGUUGAUAUCGUCAACGAGUGCUGCGGAGUCUGCGGUUCUGACGUUCACACCAUCACCGGUGGUUGGGGCGAUCUAGCCACUACCCCUCUCUGUGUUGGUCACGAAAUCAUCGGAAAAGUACUCCGAGUCGGCGAGAAAGUAACACUCGUCAAGCCCGGUGACCGUGUUGGAGUUGGUGCUCAAGUCCAAUCCUGCAUGCAAUGUCCACAGUGCAAGAGCGAUAACGAAAACUACUGUCCCAAGAUGGUUGACACAUACAUGGCACCAUAUAAUGAGGAUGAGGGCCACAGUGAUGAACCCAUGAAGGACAGUAAUGGAAACCAAAUCUUCUCACAAGGAGGUUAUUCCAGCCAUUCGAGAGUUCAUGAACAGUUCGUUUUCAAGGUUCCGGACGGACUUGAAUCGACUGAUGCAGCACCAAUGAUGUGUGCCGGUCUCACCACAUAUUCGCCUCUUGUCCGUGCUGGCACUGGACCUGGCAAGAAAGUUGCAAUUCUUGGUAUUGGUGGACUUGGACAUUUUGGUAUUCUCUGGGCCAAAGCCUUGGGCGCCGAAGUUUGGGCUCUAUCCCAUUCCCCAAACAAGAAGGAACAAGCUUUGAAAUUGGGAGCUGAUCAUUUCAUUUCCACCCAAGACAAAGACUGGCAAAAGCCCCUUGCUUUCACUUUCAACUUCAUCCUCAACUGCGCAGACAUGACCAAUGAGUUUGAUCUCACUGCUUACAUGUCUACUCUUGCCGUCAAUGGAGAAUUCCACAAUGUCGGUCUCCCAGAUAAGCCACUUCCUGAAUUGAUGGCACAAGAUUUCGUCAGCAAUGGUUGUAAGAUCGCUGCAUCGCACAUUGGCUCGCGCAAGGAAGCUCAAGCUAUGUUGCAGUUGGCAGCUGAUAAGAAGAUCAAGCCUAUGGUUGAGACUAUCGAUAUCAGUGAGGAGGGUUGCAAGAAGGCGGUUGAGAAGGUCAAGGUCAACGAUGUUAGAUACCGUAUUACUUUGACUGGUUUUGAGAAGGCCUUUGGUACCAAGGUUGAUUACAACAAUUAA